AUGGCACUCGCUUACAGCAACAUUCCCUUGGGUGCGACCGUCAUCCCAUCCCCCUUUCAAGUUCAUAUUUCAGACGAGCAAAUCGAGGAGCUACAGCUAUUGGUCAAGCUGUCGAAGCUCGCGCCUCCUACAUACGAAGGCCUUCAGCAGGAUCGUAGAUAUGGCAUAACCAAUGAAUGGCUUGCCAAUGCAAAGGAAGCUUGGAAGAGCUUUGACUGGCGCCCAGCGGAAAGCCGCAUCAACAGCUUCCCUCAGUUCACCUAUGAUAUCGAGGGCCUGACUAUUCAUUUUGUGGCGUUGUUUUCUGAGAAGAAGGAUGCAAUCCCUAUCGUUCUCCUCCAUGGCUGGCCAGGCAGUUUUCUCGAGUUUCUCCCCGUUCUGACUUCAAUCCGGGACAAAUAUAGCCCUGAAACCUUGCCAUACCAUAUAGUGGUCCCGUCACUUCCGGGAUUUACGUUCUCGUCCGGUCCUCCGCUGGAUGUCAACUUCAAUGGCGAGGAUACAGCCCGCGUCAUCAACAAGGUGAUGCUCAAUCUCGGUUUCGAGGAUGGCUAUGUGGCACAAGGCGGAGAUAUUGGGUCAAAGAUCGGUCGCAUACUUGCAGUUGAUCAUGAUGCUUGCAAAGCCGUGCAUUUGAAUGCCUGCUAUAUGGGCAAGCCAUCGAGCAUACCAGACACGGCUAUUACUGAGGAAGACAAACGCGCGCUGGCUCGUGCACAGUGGUUUGCUACCUUUGGCAGUGGUUAUGCUGUCGAGCAUGGUACUCGACCCAGCACUAUUGGCAAUGCGCUAUCCACAAGUCCAGUCGCUCUGCUCUCCUGGAUCGGAGAGAAGUUCCUCGAUUGGGCUGGUGAAACCAUUCCCUUAGAGACUAUCCUAGAAUCUGUGACUUUGUACUGGUUUACUGAGACCUUCCCCCGGUCUAUCUACCACUAUCGGGAGAACUUCCCGCCGCCCAAGCUGAGACAUGCCGAAGACCCCCGAUGGUACAUUCGCAAGCCGUUUGGCUUUUCAUAUUAUCCGAUGGAGCUUGUACCCACCCCACGCGCUUGGGUUGAGACAACAGGAAACCUGGUGUUCUGGCAGGCUCAUGAGAAGGGAGGACAUUUUGCAGCGCUGGAAAGGCCCCAGGAUUACCUUGAUGAUUUGACGGCGUUCUGUGAACAAGUAUGGGCUGGUAGAAAAUGA